GCACAGGCCACAUAUCUACCCUCCCUCUUGGCUCGCCAGGUGGCCCAAGCGCACUUGACCGCUCAUCAACAGCUCACCAGCUGUUGGCUUGACCAGUGAGGAACCCUGUCUCACGCAACGUCCUAUUAUCUUCCAUUGCUUAUCACAUCGUCAUGCCCUCGAUGAGCUCGUGCAGGCUCGCGUCACUCAUGGACGGGCACCUCAUCCGCUAUGGUCUACUCGGGCUGCUUGUGUCCGCGCUGGCGGCGGCGACUUGCGGCGCUGUCCUCGGCGGGGACGCCAGCCAGAAGCUGGCGACCGCCCUCGAGGAGAUGUCCGUGGUCCUAGCGCUGCUCACGGUCCACCUCGUUGUCUCGAAGCUCCGCGGCGGCGAGCCCCAGAAGGCUCAAAAGAAGGCGAAGAAGAAGAAGGACGCCGACGCCCCCGAGGACCGCGACGGCGCGGUCCCCGCGGCCUUGGAGGGCGCGGCGGCCGACCAGGAGGCCUGCCAGCAGGCGAUCGGGAAGCUCACCACGCAGAUCCGCGCCGCGGUGAAGAUGGGUGACAUGCUAGCCGCAGAGGGCCUGAUGCAAGAGAUGCGCGAGGUCGGCGGCACGCCCGGGUACCUUCGCCGACCCUGCUGGUCGGUCGCAUUCGGGGAGAUCGUGAGCGGAUACGUCCGCGGAGGCGACGCCCCGAAGGCGAGCGAGUGGCUCGACGCCUUCGCCGCGUGCGCGCCGCUGAUCCGCCCCAGCACCGCGUGCGCUAACUCCGUCAUCGGCGCCCUCUGCGCCAGCGGCGACAUCGCCUCGGCCGAGGCCUGGGUCUCGAAGAUGCCGCAGUCCGGAGUCAGGCUGGACGAGGACACGUUCUCUUCCCUGAUUCAUGGCUGCGUGCGCGCUGGAGACGUGCCGCGCGGCAUACACUGGCUUCGCGAGAUGCGCAGGGCAAAUCUGCGUCCCGGUGCGGAACUCAACAAGUUCGUCCUGCAGGCGUGUUCGGAGGGUCGCAAGGGCACGGCAGAGUGAGACCUGCUUCAUCUGGCGAAUGCACGGCGCAUUCCAAACAUGUUGCCAAGAAAAGGUAUAGGAGAAGGGA